ACCACAUCUGGAAGCAAGAAGACAGACUCUGGAAGAAGCACCCUAGAGACUCCAGGAACCCCUUCACUCCUGGGCUUUCGGGACUCUACAGCGUGGAGCCUCUUUCUCAGACAUCGAAAGGCCUCCUUUUCUGGACCACAGUGGAGCGAUGUGCAGGUCAUCGGCUAAGCUGGGCGGGUCGGGGAGGGCAGGGGGAGUACAGUUCCUUCGGAUCCCAGCAGAGGUAGACUAUCAAUGGCCAAGGGUUCAGAGGCAGGAAAAAAGGCCGUUUUUGGGGAGUUGGCUAAGGACACUUCCCUUCCCUCCUCUCUCCGAUUAAAUAUAAAAGCCAAUGAUGAUGAAGAUUGAAAAGAUGAGGAAAAUAGCAGCCGUGUCUCGGGUCUCCUCCCAGCGGAGGCCUUUCAGGGACCGAUACUCCUGCCGUUUGCGAAGGGCCUCCCGCCGGGCCCUCAGGCGCCGUUCCCGCUCCAGUUGUUCCCCGUAGUGGGCCUGGUAGAAGGCGUCAAAGUUGAACAUCGUGCGCUUGGCGCCGGGGGAGGCCCGAGAACCGUCGUGGGUCCGAGAGGUGGGCGGCGGGGUACGCGGCGAGCCGGGGUCGGGUGCGGGCGUCCUGGAGGGCCGGACGCCAGGUCCGCGCAGGUCCUCGUCGCUGAGCAGGCCGCGAUCAUACUUGCGACGGAGGGUGGCACUGCCCAGCACCACGUAGGCCUGGGAGAUGCGCGUGAAGCGCUCGGCGGCCUCCGCGCUUCCGGAGUUGCGGUCCGGGUGGUAGAGAAAGCACUGACGGUAGUAAGCCGCCUUGAUUUGGGCCUGCGUGGCUGUGGAGGGGACGCCGAGCAGAUCAUACAGCGCCGUGCGCGAAUACGAGCAGUCGCCCUGGGAAUAAGUCCUCGCUCCUAGGCCCAGGCUGGGUGCAGAAUUUUGUGGAAAGCCACGGGUCUGCAGGAACCUCCACGGUAACAGCCGGGGCCACCAUCGCCAGAGCAUGGCUCCCAUCUUGAAUUGGUUCGGCAGGCGGUGCAAGAGAAACCGGCCAAUGAGAGGAGUCGGUUGGUCGCCCUGUGGCCAGUCACGUAAAGGGGGGCGGGGCGGUCGUGGGGGUGGAGCAUGCGUAUUACUAAGCGGUCGCCGGGCUGAUGACAUAAAAGCCGGGUGCCGGCAGACGCCAGUCGCAGGCGUGCUGCUGAGGCGUGAGAAUGGCGUAUCGCGGCCGGCGUCCGGAGCAUGGCGGACCCCCAGAGCUGUUUUAUGACGAGACAGAAGCCCGGAAAUACGUUCGCAACGAUGGGGUCUCGCUGUGUUGCCCAAGGUGGUCCAAGCUCAAGGCUCAAGCGAUCCUCCCGCCUUCGUCUCCCGAACUGUUGGGAUUGCAGCUCACGGAUGAUUGAUAUCCAGACCAGGAUGGCUGGGCGAGCAUUGGAGCUUCUUUAUCUGCCAGAGAAUAAGCCCUGUUACCUGCUGGAUAUUGGCUGUGGCACUGGGCUGAGUGGAGGUUAUCUGUCAGAUGAAGGGCACUAUUGGGUGGGCCUGGAUAUCAGCCCUGCCAUGCUGGAUGAGGCCGUGGACCGAGAGAUAGAGGGAGACCUGCUGCUGGGGGAUAUGGGCCAGGGCAUCCCAUUCAAGCCAGGCACAUUUGAUGGUUGCAUCAGCAUUUCUGCUGUGCAGUGGCUCUGUAAUGCUAACAAGAAGUCUGAAAACCCUGCCAAGCGCCUGUACUGCUUUUUUGCUUCUCUUUUUUCUGUUCUCGUCCGGGGAUCCCGAGCUGUCCUGCAGCUGUACCCUGAGAACUCAGAGCAGUUGGAGCUGAUCACAACCCAGGCCACAAAGGCAGGCUUCUCCGGUGGCAUGGUGGUAGACUACCCUAACAGUGCCAAAGCAAAGAAAUUCUACCUCUGCUUGUUUUCUGGGCCUUCAACCUUUAUACCAGAGGGGCUGAGUGAAAAUCAGGAUGAAGAUGAACCCAGGGAGUCUGUGUUCACCAAUGAGAGGUUCCCAUCAAGGAUGUCGAGGCGGGGAAUGGUGAGGAAGAGUCGGGCAUGGGUGCUGGAGAAGAAGGAGAGGCACAGGCGCCAGGGCAGGGAAGUCAGACCUGACACCCAGUACACCGGCCGCAAGCGCAAGCCCCGCUUCUAAGUCACCAUGCGAUUCUGGAAAGGCACUUGCCUCUGCACUUUUCUAUAUUGUUCAGCUGACAAAAUAGUAUUUUAGAAAAGUUCUAAAAGUUCUAAAAAUGUUUUCUGCAGUUAAAAAAAAUUCUCUGGGCCGGGCGUGGUGGCUCAUGCCUGUAAUCCCAGCACCUUGGGAGGCUGAGGUGGGAGGAUCAUUUGAGGCCAGGAGUUUGAGACCUGCCUGGGCAACAUAAUGAAACUUCCUUUCUAGGGAGGAAAAAAAAGAAAAAGCUCUGAGAGCAUCUUUUGUUUAAAGGCAAGAAAUAAAAUUUCCUUUUGUGGA